AUGGCGUCAGGCAAGGCUACUUCUGAUUUCGCUGAUGGUCCAGUCCUCGCUCGUAUCAACAAGCGUAUCCGCAACCUAAGAAAAAAACUCAAACGAAUCACGCAGCUCGAAGACUCCAUCGCUCAAGGAAAAUCCAUUAUCAAGAACAAGGAGCAGGAAGAGCUCCUCAAAUCAAAGCCCGCGAUCAUCGCCGUGGUUGACGAACUAGAGAAGUCCCGUCUGCCCCUAUCCGUGGCGGUGGAUGAAGAAAUCACUCUCGCGCGGCAACAAGCGGCUUUACCUGUUGAUGAUCUGCUGAGUUUGAUUUACUUUGGAUAA